AUGUCUAAAACAAAUGUAAGAAGUGACCAAGAUUCAAAAAAAUUGAAUCAAAUAUUUUUCCAAAAACACAUCAAAAGAGUCUACCCUAUUGGGUUAGAGAAAAGUUCUUCAUCUUCAUCGUCGUCUUCAUUAUCAUCGUCACUGUCACAAAAUUCAAAUGACUCUUGUUUCACGGAUUCGUUGAAUCUAGCCGAUGAAAACGUCGCAUUACCGCAGCAUUUGAUUUCACCAUAUCAGAGAAAAGAACGUGCAGUUGUUAAUACUUCACAGCAACAACAGAAUCUACAUGCAACCGAGUUUGGUGAAUUGAAAAGAUGCAAUUGGAUCACAAAGAAUUGUGAUAAGGCAUACAUUGAAUUUCAUGAUGACUGUUGGGGAGUUCCAGCUUAUGAUGACAAAAAACUGUUCGAGCUGCUUGCAAUGUCGGGAUUGCUGAUAGAUUACAACUGGACAGAAAUCCUAAAAAGAAAAGAAGUUCUACGACAAGUUUUUUCUGGAUUUGAUCCAAACAUUGUUGCCAAAAUGGAAGAGAAGGAAAUCAUGGAGAUAGCAUCAAAUAAAGAACUUUUAUUAGCUGAUUCAAGAGUUAAGUGCAUAAUAGACAAUGCCAAAUGCAUAACAAAGAUUAUGAGGGAGUAUGGAUCAUUCAGUAGCUAUAUAUGGAGUUAUGUGAAUCACAAACCAGUGAUUAACAGACUGAGAUACUCAAGAGAUGUUCCAUUAAGGACGCCGAAAGCAGAAACCAUAAGCAAGGACUUGAUAAAACGUGGUUUUAGAUUUAUGGGUCCAGUGAUUGUUUAUUCUUUCAUGCAAGCGGCAGGGUUGACAAUAGAUCAUCUUGUUGAUUGUUAUAGGCACAGAGAGUGUGUGAACUUAGCAGAAAGACCAUGGAAACAUAUUUAA